CAUCGUGAAUCUUCACAAAGGACAGGAGUACAGUGUACAACAAAGAGUUUUCAUUGCAUUACCAUCUGGAUCUAACUUUCUGAACGUAUCCCUAAGUUUCGUUGAUAGUUUCAUCUUUAUAAAGGCCCACUACCAUGAGAUAAGUCAGAUUAGAUUCUGAUUUUUUUCUUUAUUCUGAUCUUGACUGAACCAAGACUGAUUGAAGUGAUUUCUGGAAUACGGUGUUUAUGUUUCCUCGUUGAUCGACUAGGAAUUCAUCGAUGAUGGGUACACGUGGGAAGACGAUGAAGGCGUUCCUCACUCUCCUGCUCACGACCAUGGUCAUCGACCUCCACGAUUGCGUGGCCGCUAAGGGUGUGCGAUCACCGAAUCCCACUGACGAAUACUUGGCAAGUUUCUUCGAGCCCAGCUCCUCGGCCUCGGACGCGAACGAUGGAGAGGAAGGCGAUGCACCAACGACUACGAUGGCGACAACGACAGCGUCUAGGAGUGGUAUGAAUGGUCGGGAUGGCGUUGUUGAUCUUGUCGAUCAAUUAGCUGAAGAAAUUGAGGACUCAGUCAAAGUUGACGAGAUGCAGGAGAAGAUGGCAAGACUAGAGUCUAGGAUUUCUGAUCUUGAGCGAUCGAGUAACAAACUCAAGAAACUAGCCCUGGCGGCAAUGAGCGUAGCUCUUGCUGAUGAUGGCGAGACGUGUUCGGAGGCAGAAGCACUUGGUGUCCACAACUUGAUGAAAGGAUUCCCAGCUAUGACCUUGAAUCCAUCCCAGUCGUCACCGACCACCAGCCUCCAUCAAUAUUGUGAAGAACUUGGUACAUCCAUGAAGCCAGCGGUCUCCUGCAACCAACUCAAACUGACUUGUAACAAACCAUCCGGACACUACUACUUGGAUAACGGAUAUUUCACAGAGGUUUUCUGUGAGAUGGAUUUGUUUGGGGGCGGAUGGGUCAGGUAUGGUAAGGCGGAUAAACAGAACGUAUGGAACUUCAUCGACGAAGACCUAAUUGAAGUACGACUACAGGUUAUGGAGCCAUCAGAGAUAAAGGAAAUGAUCGAUAUGAAGUAUAAUACAUUCAAGAUCCACACAGAUGUAACAUUCAGCGUUCAGGCGGAUGACAGUACCAACCCAUCCCGCAUCCACGCCCGAAUCCUUCCGUGGUUUAACCGUGCCCCUUUCUACAUCGAUGGAUUCGGAGAGAAUUUCACCAGGCUGGAAUUCCUACCAGGAGGUAAUCGGAUAACCUGUCGUAACACUGCUGGCACAUCGCACAAGUGUGGAUGGGGUGAAGUUCCAAAACCCAAUCAGGCAUCGGAACAGGUCCUGAUCGAGUCCGUCUACUUUGGUCCUAGAUCAACGUCCAACGGUGCCAUGACGUAUAUGGGGUCCUGGCAGUCCAACAAAUACACUUGGAACGGCUCCUAUUACUACGUCUAUGCAAAAUAGUUUGCUGAAUACAAUCUUCAAAAAGCACAAACAAAUUUGAAAAUUGUAUUUCCUCUACUGUAUUCAUCACAGAGUUCAUCAUGUAGUUCAGAUUCGGCGCAAUGGUACUUUAAUGAGGCUGGUCAUUGAAUAAAAUGUCUCUUAAUUACAUUACCCAGCAAAUUUGGUGCGGCCACCCCCUUCCCGUAAAUUGACACCUCACGUUUGUAGCACAAAUAACAUUGCCCCCAUAUUUUAUUUUUAUAGUAACUCUUUUGGAACUCUAUAUUAUAUUCUUAAGACUGUACUUUAUCUGUUUUCUUCAUCUUUCUCCCAAUCAUCACAUUUCCCUCCUUUUUUCUCAUGCUAUCUAACUUCCUGUUAUGAAAUUUUGUUAAUUCAGUUUUUUUCUUUCUCCCUCUCUCUUUUAUUUCAUAUUCAUGUGUCUAUUAUCAUCCAUUAUCACAUACCAACUCUUUUACUGGAUUGUAACCUUUUUCUUCUUAUCAUGUCCCAUCUCCUCCUCAUCUUUACAUUCUUCAAUUAUGGAUAUCUUUAAAAAAAAAAUCAAAUUAUUACUCCAUUAAAGUCUCUCUCUCUCAAAUCACCACUGUCUUUCCCCAUCCCACCCUUUCAUCCCGAUUUUCCCAUACCCCUACUAUUCUCCACUACAAUCUCCACUUU